CCUGGAACGUGUAUGGGUCUGUUCAGUUUCAGUAAAGGGAAGUUGUAUGUUACAAAAUGCAAAACACAUCCUAUUCACUUGUCGGCUAUCAACUCUGUGGUAACAAUAAGGGCGUGAAGAUGGCGGAAAUCUACCACUGUGAAAUCUGUGCCGUUAGUUGGAGGUUGAGGCGAAAGCUCUGAGGAGGAAGUACAGUGCUCGAGCUCAGUGUGACAGCUGACUUUUACUGCCCUGCAGCGAAGACACGGUCUGGAUCACAAUUUGACGUCAAUCUAAUACUUGGGGAAUGAAUGUUUUCUAUUAGCACAUAAAGUGUGUGUGUGUGUGUGUGUGUGUGUGACGUUAACGACUUUACAGGGAUUAGAUCCUCAGCAUUCCUUAGCUAUCUGUUAAAGGAUCUGUCUUGGGCUGUGAGACAAAUCUUUAAUCUACUUAGCUGAGUGGAUUUCAUUCUCUCUGCUCAUGUAGACCAGACACAGUUUAGAUUUAAAAAUCAAAUGUAUUUUACCUAACUAGUUUAUAUAUUAUAGGUUAUAUUUCACUUAGCCUUGGAUUACUUCUCUUCACGCCAUGGAGGUUACACCUCUUUAUCCCAACACAUCUGUCCCGACACCUUUCCCGAUACGGCCGGCUGUGGCUCCAUCUGUACAGCUCGGAAUCACCAUACUUUACACUUGUCUGUAUGGUGCUUUAUUUGUGAUCAUAUACAUACAGCUCUGGUUACUGUUAUUUUAUCGCCAUAAAAGAUGGAGCUACCAGAGUGUCUUUCUGUUCCUCUGCCUGUUUUGGGCAGCCCUCCGUACCACCCUGUUUUCCUUUUACUUCGGAGAUGUCGUCGCCGCAAACCAUCUGUCCACUCCGCUAUACUGGCUCCUCUACUGUUUCCCUGUCUGCCUCCAGUUCUUUACUCUGAGCCUCAUCAAUCUCUACUUUACACAGGUCGUGCUCAAAGUCAGAGACUUGUUCAGUAUCGAACCCCGGAAAGGAUUGUGUAUAGCCCGCUGUGUUUAUGCAGCCAUGAGCGUAAUAUUCUUGUGUGUCAACGUGGUUUGUGCCAGCCUUGGCGAGCGAGGGAACACAGGUGGCACCAGAAACAAAACUUGGACGCUGGUUUUAGUGCGUGUCCUGGUAAAUGACCUCCUUUUCAUCAUCGAGGCUGUGUGUCUGGCCACUUCACUCCUCCUCCUGACCCGAUUCUCACCCACCACCAGCCCGUAUUUAAACAGUAAGGGGACCAGCCUUUGCCGGACAGCCGUUUUGGGAGCUGGUGUGAUCCUUCUGUUCUUAAGCAGAGCGUGCUAUAACCUCACCGCACUCAUAUUGUCACAGAAUUACAAAAGAGUGGAGUCCUUCGACUUUGACUGGUACAACAUCUCAGAUCAGGCUGAUCUUCGUAACGAUCUUGGAGACUUGGGCUACAUUAUUUUUGGAGCUAUUCUUUUCAUAUGGGAGCUCCUCCCCACAAGCCUGCUCAUACUCAUCUUCAGAGUGCCAAGGCCUACUAAAGAAAUGAAGUGUAAUCCUGUCAACACAAGGGCCUCACGCUCAUAUUUCUUUGAUGAUCCGCGGGAGAUAGAUGGUGACCCGAGCGCCACUUGGUCAUACAGCAUACGCCCUAAUAGCAGCUGGUUUGGCUCCAGUGAAACGACACCACUGUUGUUCAACCGGACAGAGCAGACAAACCAGCAUCAUUCCUUCUACUCCACCCCACAGACCUGAGCACGUUACAGGAUGAUUUUAGGGAUUUGACCAAGGCAUUGACUAUUCUCAGGCAAUAAUGCACCAGUACCUCAGCCUAUGAAGCUCAGUAGGUGAUAUUUGCACUGAAACCUGGUGCACAUGCUUGCACAUUGUUUUUAUGCUCCUAACCUAAUAACUAUCACAGCAUUUUAAGGAGACUUGCAGGCUCUAUCCUGUUUACAUAAACUGGGACCACUAAAAGGACUUAUUGUACCUAAACUUGUAUAACCUUUUUUUGUACAUGUUUUAAAAAGAGAAAAACCACAUUAGCAAAUUUUAUUAUGAUACUUAACAUACAGGUGGUUUUUCAGACUGAAGAAUGUUUCAUUUUAAAUGUUUAUUACGAACA